CUUGCCACUUUAAUUUGGAGCAACGCGUGGCUUGCAGCGAGGCGACACACGCCACGACUAAAGCGCGCAGUUGCGAUCUUGUGGUGUGCAAGCGAGACAGGGAAUCUCCGUGGUGAGUGCGUAAAAGAAAGAACGUGAGAUAGGGACGGAGAUAGGAAGUCGCGAUGUGGGAGAGUUGUGAUGAACUUGACGUAGAACACUUGACUUCAACGGCAGUAGCGGAGAUUAAUUCAUAUAAAUACGAUAUGUCUGAACCGGCCGAGCAAGGGAAGGAUCUCUGUAUUCAUACUGCUGUUGUGCUUCGUGGAGCGAACACCAGAGAAGAUGUCCAUAGCUCAGGCACACUCAACAUUGUGGAAUAUAGUUUUGGUAAAUGUAUAGAAUGGAAGCCUGUUGAAGAUUCUGUAGUGUCAGAGUAUCAAGAUCAAGAUCCAGAAUGGUCAUUAGUGGACACACACACUAGAAGGACUCGUACAUCCUCAGAGGGUGCAGAUUCUUUAGGACGUACAAGAAAUGUUAGAAUAUUAUUCUCCGAUCUUAAGUCGUUUCGUGUGAAUCAUAGUGGACAACAACUCAUCCUUAUGCAGAGGGAUGGUACCACCUACGUUGCCUUCUUUCAGCUAUCUAAUGCUGAAAGUUUUAUCAACUCGCUCAAAGGAUUCAUCAAAUUCGUCAAAUCACGCAUGGACAGGAACUUGUAUCUUGUUAUGGACCAAGUUGAAUCGGUGUUAAAUAAAUCCUUCGCUGAAUUGGAUCUAUUUCAAGAAAACACCUCUGAUUAUGUGUGGAAAUUUGUAAAAAAUUUACAUAAUCGUCCAUAUGAGACAACAAUGGAGGCAUUCAGCAAACUCGCAGAUAUCUGGUUAUACAAGGAACCAGUGAAACGACCUGUUGAGGAAGCAGUCGCCGACUUGUUAAAUCGUUCCCUUACGAUCGAUCCUCAACCACCUAUAUCUGUAUCUGUUGGAUCUGGAGACGAGUACGAAGUGAUUGGUGUUGGAGCAGAUUUACCUCCACGACCACCAUGUCCACGUGGUGCACCAUUGACAUCAGAACAAUGGGAAAAGUCCAAAGAUUCAGAGGGAAGAAUUACUAAUCCAGAGGCUGUCAAAGAAAUCAUCUUUCGUGGGGGUAUCUCUCCAUCAUUACGUUUUGAAGUGUGGAAAUACUUAUUGAAUUAUUACCCAUGGAAUUCAACAAAUAAAGAAAGAGCAUAUCUACAAAAUGAAAAGACUGACGAGUACUUUAGGAUGAAAUUGCAAUGGCGUUCAUUUACACCGGAACAGGAAAACCGGUUUUCUGAUUAUAAAGAACGAAAAAGUUUGAUAGAAAAAGAUGUUAACAGGACAGACAGAACACACCCUUAUUAUGCUGGAGAUAAUAAUCCUCAUCUGGAACAACUAACUCAUAUACUCAUGACUUAUGUAAUGUACAAUUUCGAUUUAGGUUACGUUCAGGGUAUGAGCGACCUUCUUAGUCCUAUUUUGUUUCUAAUGGAUAGUGAGGUCGAUGCAUUUUGGUGUUUUGUUGGAUUUAUGGAUAAAUUGAGCUCUAACUUCGACAUAGAUCAAGCCGGCAUGAAAGCACAAUUGUGCCAAUUGCACACCUUACUGUGCACCACAGAACCACAAUUGGCUUAUUAUCUAAAUAGACAUGACUCUGGCAAUAUGUUCUUUUGCUUCCGAUGGUUGUUAGUACUUUUCAAAAGAGAAUUUAACUCGAUUGAUAUAAUGAAAUUAUGGGAGAUAUUGUGGACGGAUCUACCUUGCAAAAACUUUCAUUUGCUCUUCUGUGCAGCUAUUCUUGACACAGAGAAGAAUAUUUUAAUAGAAAACAAUUACGGAUUUACGGAAAUUCUGAAGCAUAUAAACGAUUUGUCACUUCACAUUGAGCUGCCUUGGACGCUCUCUAAAGCAGAAGGUAUUUAUUAUCAACUUAUGGCUGUAGCAGAUCAACUCCCUGAUAGUGUUCGUGUAAUUAUUGGACUAAAGCCAUUGUAUAAAGCAUCAACAAAUAAUAGUAUGAACGGUGGCGAGGCGUCUGGUAAUAAUUCUCAGGCUACAACAGUUACUAAUGGGUCAAGGAGAAAUAGUUCAACGAGUGGCAGUGUUAAGUUGGGAGAAAAUGAAGUAUCGUUUGAGCGCGGAUUAGAUUUGUCGUAUAUGUGAGGUCAGGACUGGUCUUUUAUAGUGAUUCACUGACAGAGAAAAGAAGUGAUUAAAGUCUGCUCGACUUGAGAAUCAAAUAUCUGUUGCAAUGUUUGUCCAAGAAAGUGUUAUACUUUGGAAAUAUUGUUGAUGUGACAAUAAUUUCCACGCGGCUUUCAAUGAAAUCGAAUCAGAUGUCAAUUUUAAGUGGAGUAACAAAUAUGUACACAUGAAGAAAAAGAAGAAGAAAAAGCACGUUCCUACACACAGGUAUACUAUAUUGGUAAAAUUUUUCUUUUUUUACUUAAAUAGUAAGUGAAGUACUUUUUUUCCUUCUUUAAAUGUUGUAAUUGACUGUUGAGCCUGAAAUUCUAAAGCGUAAAUUAUGUAAACGUGACUUUUACCUCGUGUUUGCGAAUUUAGUACGCAAAGUAACUAAUAGUAGUGUUGAAUUUUGAGAUAUUUAUAACUUAAGAAGAGAAAAGGAGAGAUUAUAGAACAUGCGAAAAACGAGGUAUAUCAGUGUACACAAGAAACUUUGUCACGACAUUUAAUGCGCGAUUCUCAGAUGCGAAAAACGGAACAAAGACAUAACAAGACCUCUGGACUUCGAGUAAGUGUUAUACACGCGUCAUUCUCAAUUAAGUUAGAGCCUCUUUUUUAGAUUUAUAUAAAGCCUCAUGACACGUCACUGUAUAUUUCUAAUAAAGAUCACGUAUUUAAUCUUUCA